AUGCAUAUGAGCUGUGGGACUAUGCUGGUUGCCAAAGCCCGCACAAAAAUGCCGGAAGUCAAGAAAAGAUCGGCUCCAUCGGCUCCAAUGACAGGAGUGUUGCAGACCAGGCCAGCAAAACAGCCACGCAAGAGCUUCGGUACCCCAUGCAGGAGCUUUCUGCAGAUGGUGGCGGACACCUUGAAACGCCUAAGUCCAGAAAAGCGGCGUGAGAGCAUCGCUCUUCUGGCGCCAGAGCAGCGCCUUGCAUUGGAAAGAUAUAUGAUGGCUGCACCACGCGAGGCAAUUCGAACCUAUGGAAAGUGUGAGACGCCCGGCAGCCGGGCUCCACCAAAUGAAGACGUUUGCAGGAAGCUAGCGACCUCGCGCAGGCAGAGGACAAACAUAUUUGAGAAGGUUGCACAUCAGCCCAAGCAAUCUGAUUGUGCUAAGCUGACGCCCAAAGGCUUGAGCAGCAAGCGCACACGUGGCUUGACCUACUACUUUGCGAGUGUCGGCUUCGAGUCCUUGAUCUUCCGCUGCCGUGCAGUUCGCAGCCGUGCUGUUGCUCUCGGGCACCGCGCAGUCUUACUACGCUUAAAAGCCCGAUGUGUCCAUGGCCCCGGAACCUUCGAGGAGCGCUUGGUUGCAGGAGUCUCUGCCUUGACAGAUUCUGCAGACAGGGAUUGCAUCAGUGGACUUCAAAUCUGUGUGCGGAGUGCUACGCAGCACUGGUUGGGACGAGAUUUGCACACGCCAUCGUGGCGCCUUGGCCAGCUGGAGGCUGUGCUGGAUGCUCGGCGACGUCUGCAGGCUGCCAGAGGCAAUGUGAUGGUUGGAGGAUGUGGCUUGCUGUACCAGUGCAGCAUCGAUGAUGCCACAGAUCUUUGGGCACGCCUCCGACAAGAGUAUUUGGAGGUCUGUGCCUCAGUGCCAGGCUGCAAUGUGCUGAAACGAGCCCAGACACUUGACCGGGCAGAGGCAGCCUUCGCUGCCCACCGCAGCAGGAUGGAGGACCUUGCGAAGAGUCGCCAGGUGCGCCGUUCUGUACAGGAGAAGAACAAGCAGCUAAGAAUCGAGAGGUGCCAGCAGCGACAGCUGGCUCGAGCACAGCAGGCCUUGCUUCAUGUGACCAAUGCUGCCCAAGAGGUUCCGAUACGCCAGGCCGCUGCGAUUCAGCUGAAGAAUCAGUUGCGGCUGUGGGAUGCAGCAGGUGAUAGCGGGAGCUAUUCAGAGGAGGACAAGGCACCUAUCCGGCGUGAAUUGGUUGAAAGCCUUGCUGCAGCUGUUGGAGAGAAGGGCGUACGUGUGCAACUGGUUGAGUGCUUUCGUCUAGUUGCUCUCUACGACUUUCCAGACCGCUGGCCAGGCAUAGUGCAGAGGCUUUUAGGCGGCCUUUGCUCAGAGCAGCGCGCUCAGACGAUGUGUAGCUUGCUGCUCUUCCGGCAACUUUUCAAACUGUUGGAGACGCGCUCCGCAGAGCGUCGUGGAGAGCUGCAAGCGCUUGCAGCUCAAUGCAUGCCUACUUUGCUACAACUUAGUCCUGUUCUGGCCAAAGCUGCCAGUGCAAAGUCUCAGGAGGCCUUUGAGAUGCUGAAACUGGUGCUGAAGUGUUUUUACUCAGCGACGCGGAUGGCCUUGCCUGAGCAGGUUCAGAAGGAUAUCCAGCAUUGGAUGGAGCUGUUGCUCACUGUUUCUGAGUGGCAGCUCGAGACACCUGCAACAGGUUUGGAGCGCGAGGUUCAAGAGGCCAGUUGCGAGGUAAAGUGUCGAAAGUGGGUCUUUCAGAUCUUGUUGAGAUUCUAUCAGAAACAUUGUCACAUGCGACGCGUGGCAGAAGGUAUGGAAGCUUUUGCAAAGGCUUGGAAUGAUGCCUAUGAGGUGCCUGUGGCUCGCGUUUGCCUCAAAGAGGCCUGUGCUGGGCCACAAGGCACCUGGGCGCCGAAGCGAUCCCUUAGCCUAGCUCUGUUGUGCUUGGCGGAGGCAUGCCGAAGGGAGGCUGCCUUCCAGGCUUUGAAGCCCAAUUUGCAACUGCUCUUGGAGCAUGGCAUUUUCCCGCAGGUCCGCUUUGGAGAGGCAGAGCUGCAGCUCUGGCAGGAGGAUCCGGAGGAGUUGCUAAGAGAGCUGACGAGCGCUUGCGACUCUGACUCCGAGCCCCACCAGGCUGCGAUUGAGCUGGUGGAGCGACUUUUGCUUUACCAUCACAAGGAGAUUCUUUUGCCGCUCCUUCACUUUUGUCGUCAGCAUUUGGAGACAGAGGCCAACGAUCCAGCCGCCUGCUCCAAUCAGGACGGCGCCUUGGUUCUCCUUGGUCUCAUGGUCGAGUAUUUGGUUGAACUGGACCCAACGCAGAUGGAGGAGGUGGAGGCCAGAAGAAAGCGGAAAGGCACUCAGCGAAAGGCACAACAAAGCGUAAGUGUGGAGGAAUUGAUCUCGCGUUACGUGCGACCAGCAAUGACCUCACCAGCUGCCUUCCUGCGCCUUCGUGGUGCUUGGUGCCUUGGAAACUUUGCGCAGAAAGCCCCGAAGCUGGGACGUCCAGGAGUUGCAGCAGGCGCUUGCUGCGACUGCCUGAGGAUGUUGGCAGAUCAGGAGCUGCCCGUUCGAGUCUUAGCUGCUAGCUGCUUGGAGUCCCUGCUGCAGAGAGAGGACGACGAGGUCUCCUCAGCUGUUGGGAUGCAGCUGGCGCCAGCCAUGGAGUCACUACUGCGGACACUGGGAGAAGUGCAGAGUGAGGAAGUGGGGUCCGCAUUGCAAAGGCUGGUGGAAGCCUUCCCAUAUGAGGUUGUACCUUUUGCAGCGCAACUGGUGUCUGGCCUAGCAAGACAGUUUUGCCUUUCUUCUUCCAAAGAUGAAGAAGAUGAUGAUGCGGAUGAAUCAGAGAUGUCUUCUGCUGGCGCCUUGGCCACCAUCAUCAGCGUACUUCAAGCAUGCUCCGGCCUCCAGCGCCCGGAGGAUCCUCGAGAACAGGAAAGGCGUAGCACACUCUUCGCCAACUUGGCAGAACCAUUGAUGCCGGUAGUGGCCAAAACGCUGCGACCGGAUGGUAUUGACUUCCUCGAAGAGGGCUUGUACAUGGUCACCUAUCUCACCGCCUUUUGUGCAUUGCCGAUGCCAGCAAAUCUUUGGGGUCCGUUUCCACGGCUCUUCCAAGCAAUUUGCGGGCGCUCCACCGCAUCGCUUCAGCUUCCUGAACCACUGGAGAAUGGCUGGGCUCCGGAUCACAUGGGCAGCAUCCUGGACCCAUUGCUGAACUACAUUGCCCGCGGUCCGGUGGAUGUCAUUCUCUCUGGCUCAUGGACAGAGGGGAACAUGAGCUACGCAGAGAUGGUUUUCUGCAUGGUCAAAAAGGUCCUUCAAGUUGGUGGUCUCGGCGCAGAGCAGGAUGCAGCUGCAGCUGUGGAGUUGGGUAGUGCCAUCUUCAUUUAUGCAGCUCCACCAGCUGCUGACAAUUGGCUCGCACCGUACCUUUGCGAGUUUUGGACACGCCUUUCGGGCGAGAUUGGUACCACCGAACUGCGACGAGCCUUGCUCGUGGCCUUUGCCACACUGCUUUGGUACAAUCCGGAGCGCUUCCUUCAGUGCACAGAGGAGACAGGCUUCAGUGCACAGAUCUUUGAGGCUUGGCUGCAGAAGAUUUCCGUGGUACAACGACUCCGACAUCGCAAGGUGACUCUACUGGCUCUCCUGCAGCUGUUUCGCCUUGGAUGUGCGCAGGCAUUGCCCAGCAGCGUUGCUCAAGGACUACCUCACCUUCUCAGAGCAUUGGCCAUGCAGAGCAAGGAGAUUAUCCGUCUUCGGCAAAAGGGAUCCAACAACGAUGAUGAGAGCGAGCAUAGUCAAAGUGAGGAUGAAGACGUGAAAGGUGCUGCAGUAGAGAUCCUCCAAAAGCUGCAGAAGCUUCCAGACAAUGUGGAUGACGACAACUCGGAGGCGGAAAGCGAACUGGAAGGCAUGGAGCCAGAUGGAAAGAUCAUCGACUUUCAGGCACAGAGGCCAUCACGUCUCGAUGGCAUCGAGGAGCUCGCCGUGCUGCGUCAGAUGCUUCGCGAGGCCACCAGCAGCCACAGUUGGUGGCAACCUUUUUGGCGAGCGCUGGACGUUGCAAGGGGAGCACCUGACCACGGGCCGAGCUAUGCAGCGCUGGCAGAGCAGGGCGUAGCGCCGGGUGCUUUUUCGUCAGAGAGAGAUGCGAAGGACAUGCUGAAGGCUUGCGACGUCCUCAGCUUGACUACAGAGGUUGUUGCACCCGAGGACUGCAGUGCCUGGUGCGCUAGAGCCAAUGAUGCCCUGCCAGAGGACAUCCGGAUCUUUGGUCGCUACGGGCCGUUGCCCGCAGAUUUCCAUGCAGAAAGGUGCUGCAUGCGAAGAUACUUCACUUGCCUUCUGCCAACAAAGCUCCUUGUGGUAGACCACCCUAAUGAGGUAGGGCAAGGGGCGCUGGCAACAAGUCUCACCGAGGAGCCACCGCCUGUGGAAGAGCAGCGGAAGAUGAAGUGCAAGUUUUCUCCGCCAACAGCAAGAAGGAAGCAUGCGAAAAAACAGCACCAAGCUGGCUGGGGAGAAGGCAAUACUGGAGAAGAGCGUCUCGGGCAGUUCUUUCGACUCAAGGAAAUCCUCAGAGAGUUUCAAGGUGAGCAUCUCUUUCACAACUUCUCGCAGGAGGCCCUGAAGCCGACGGACACUUUAGCCCGGCGCUUCGUGUACCGCUGCCGCGCUGUGCCUGGCGAUGCCGUGGGCCUCACAGUUGCCGUGGAUAGCCUGGCACCAGGGCAGCUCCGGGCCAUGGCAGGUCUGGCAAUUGCCCUGCAACGGCAGCUGCUACCGGACAGCUAUUUGGAAGCUGCCUUUAGCGAGGAGCAGCUGCUUAAAGUCCCUUUGGUGCCCGAAGGCACUGAAUACCAGGCGCAAUGUGUUUUUAGAAAGGAUUUUCAUCACCUCCUCCAGCCACUUUUCGAGGGUGAAGAAGCACAAAACUUCCGGAAGAAGGUGGAAGAAAAGAUAGCACAGGAAUUCCUGGACAAAAUCUUCCAGACCUGGUUUGAAGAGCAACUGGUGCCUUUGACACAGAAGCUUUCCGUGGAAUUCAACAACAAGAAACCAGCUGACACAAGUGCAGAGGUUCCGGAUGUGAAGCAAGAGGUCCCGAAGGCGUAUGCCGAAGUGCUUCGGCUCCUUCGAGAAGCAGAGCGAAGUGGCACGUGGCCUGCUUGUUCGAAGGGCAGAGAGAAAGUCAUCAAAGCUUCAGAAGGGGAGCACGGGUCCUUCACUGUUGGCUCCAUGCCCCCUUCCAUGGAGGCUCCUAACGGCAACCGACUCUUCCCGGAACUGGCAAUGCGUUGCUUUGAAUUGGAGCGCAUUUUGAAGCCGGGAAGAUGUAGCAGCACGAUCGCCAUCAACAAGCGAGCUCAAUUCCUCCCCCAUAUCGACUCGGGAGCUGGUGCAGGUCAAGGCAUUUCCUUGAUAGUUGGGCUGGGCGACUACUCUGGUGGUGAGCUCUGUGUGGAAAACGAUAGCCACGACAUCAGGUACAAACCACUGGAGUUCAAUGGCUGGACCCAGAGGCAUUGGACAAAGCCCUUCCAAGGAGAUCGCUUUAGCUUGGUCUGGUUCACACCCGCUGGUUGCGAGAAUUGCCCGGGCUUGGAAAUGUUCCAGAAAAUUCUGCAGGCGGGAAGCAGCCGGUUGUCAUCGAGCCUCCGAUUGGCCAACGGACUUGAGCUCCCCCGCUUGGGCAUGGGCACAUGGCAGCUCGAUGACAAGGAUGGUUCCUCAACCUGUGAGACUGCUGUGACAGCUGCCUUGAAAGCAGGAUGUCAGCUGUUUGACACGGCCUCUAUUUACAAGAACGAAGCUGCUGUGGGGCGUGCCCUCGAGGGCAAGAAUGAAGGUGUGUUUGUGACAUCGAAAUGCUCGCCCUACGAGAUGGGCUUUGACAAGGCCCAGGAGGCGUGCAGAAAAUCGUUGGAACGCCUUGGUCGAAACAAGCUGGACUUGUAUCUGAUUCAUUGGCCAGGCGUGCCGAAGAAGCCUCAUACCUCACCUUUGCACCGGCGUGCGCGCCAUGAGACCUGGAAAGCUAUGGAGGAACUCUAUAGGCAACAUCUGGUCCGUGCCAUUGGCGUCAGCAACUUCACGGCCAGCCAUUUGCAGCAGCUUAUUGAGGAUGGGAUCGAAGUGCUUCCCAUGGUCAAUCAGAUUGAGCUACAUCCUCUAUACCAGCCAGCUGAGACCAUCGAAUUCUGUCGCAAGCAUGGCAUCAUUAUCGAGGCCUAUUCGCCGCUGGGUGGAGGCAGCGCCAGCAACAGGGCCAGAGCGUCAGAUGGUGAAAUCGAUGGUACCAGGUUGCUGCUGACUCACCCAACAGUGCAGGCGAUUGCAAAAGAGACUGGGAAGACAUCUGCACAGGUGCUGUUGCGUUGGGCCCUUCAGCAGGACUUUAUGGUCAUUCCUCGAAGCAGCAAGCCAGACCGGAUCCAUGAGAACUUCGACCUUUUUGACUUCCAGCUUAGUCAAGAGCAGAUGCACACCAUUUCAGAGAUGGGCAAAGCUGAGGGACAGAAGUUCUGCAGCGCUGUUCACUUCAACGAGUUCAAUUCUGUUGUGGAAGCUUGCAUCGCUGCCAACGAGGCUUUGGAAGGCUCCAAUGCGGGAGAAUCUGCCGAGUGCUUACAGCGCUCACGUGAUGCUGUGUGCUAG